UCCCGUCCUGAAGACACACUUAGCACCACUGAGAGAGCGGGGAGACAGUCUGAGACCUAGCAUCAUUUAAACCCCCUCCGCAGGCAGAAAAGCCAGAAGAGAAAAAUGAAGGCAAGACGUUUUGAUAUGGUCACCAUGCUGCUGGCAGCUCUGAUUCUAAUGGACAUUUUCCAGGUGAAGGCUGCAACGUUAGACAUGGCGGACAAUGCAUUCGACGAUGAGUACCUAAAAUGCGCUGACAGAAUGGAAGUCAAGUAUGUUCCCCAGUUGCUCAGGGAGGAGAAAGCAAGCCAUCAGCUCUUGAAGGAUGUGUGGGAAAAUGCGGAAGCCAGAUGGGAAGCCCAGAAGACGCGCAUGUCCCUCCCGACGAGUUUUAAAGACCCCCACGGAAUAGCGCUGACGGCGUUCGCUGCCGAAGCUCUAGCGCGGACGCCCUUCUACCGCGUGUUCAGCGAAGCAGUGCAGACGGCCGGCCUGUCUCGGCGAGAUUACGUCUACGACUUCCAGUUCAAAGCUUUUCAUUUUUAUCUGACAAGAGCGCUGCAGUUGCUGAGAAGACCUUGUGAGGACAGUUACGGAGCCGCGGUCUAUAGCACGAGCCGGGAGGUCUCCUUCGCGGCCGGAGGGCCCAGCCGGGCCCGGCUCGGCCGUUUCACGCUGGCCUAUUCCGCCAGGCCGCAAGCUGCCGACGGCCAGCACGUUCUGCUAACCAUCCGCACGUGCUUUGCAGUUGCCAUUGAACGUUUUUUUGAUAAAGAAAGUGAGAGAAUUGUUCUGAUACCCCUGAAUGAGAUUUUUCAUGUGUCACAGGAUGGGACCAGCAACAACAUUAUCCUUCGAAGCACCAACAAGACCUGCAGCCAUUACGAGUGUGCUUUCCUAGGCGGACUAAAAACGGAAAACUGUGCUGAGAACACAGAACAUCAUCUCCCCAUCUAUCUCUACAACCCAGGUGAGAAAGACCAGAACAUUGAAGACACUGGAAUGAAAAGCCAGGAGUCCCCAGUCUUACCUGGUAUGGCAAGCAGUGAAGCCACCCAAACACCUGGAAUGAAAAUUCCAGAAACUGUUUCACUACCAGGAAUAAAAGUGGUACAACUGGAUGAAAAACCUGAAGACAAAAGUCGAGAAGAUAUCGGCAAUCCUGCUCCAGAUCCGGUUCCGGUUCCGGUUCCAGGUCCCAAAACCCAUCCCUCUGCAUCCUCCGGCGAAACGCUCCUUCCACCGCUGGGGACAUUCAUCAUUUCAAUCAUUGCUUCUGCUAGAAGUCUCUUCGUUGCUUUGUAGUCUAAUGUAUUCUUUAUUUACUUAAAAUACACUCAAGGAAUCCCACAGGAAACCAGCAACAGGAAUGAUGUAUUUUUUCACUUGUUCAUCAAAGUCAUUUGAUAAAAUGAGAACUGAGUAUUUGUUACUUACUUUGUAAAUUCACAGUUG